CGGGGCGCUGAGCGGGGGGCGCAGCGGGGGCGCGGGGCGCGCGCCAUGGCCGCCAAGGACAACCCGUGCAGGAAGUUCCAGGCCAACAUCUUCAACAAGAGCAAGUGCCAGAACUGCUUCAAGCCCCGCGAGUCCCACCUGCUCAACGACGAGGACCUCAACCAGGCCAAACCCAUUUAUGGCGGCUGGCUGCUGCUGGCCCCCGAAGGAACGGACUUUGACAACCCCGUCCAUCGCUCCCGGAAAUGGCAGCGCCGCUUCUUCAUCCUCUACGAGCACGGGCUGCUGCGCUACGCCCUCGACGAGAUGCCCACGACCCUCCCGCAGGGCACCAUCAACAUGAACCAGUGCACGGACGUGGUGGAUGGGGAGAGCCGGACGGGGCAGAAAUUCUCCCUGUGCAUCCUGACGCCGGAGAAGGAGCACUUCAUCCGGGCUGAGAACAAGGAGAUCAUCAGCGGGUGGCUGGAGAUGCUGAUAGUGUACCCCAGGACGAACAAGCAGAACCAGAAGAAGAAGAGGAAGGUAGAGCCCCCAACUCCUCAGGAGCCCGGUCCUGCUAAGAUGGCCGUGACCAGCAGCAGCAUCCCCAGCGCGGAGAAGGUCCCUGCCACCAAGUCCACGCUUUGGCAGGAAGAAAUGAGGGGCAAAGACCAAGCGGACGGGGGCAGCGGCAUCAGCCCAGCGCAGAGCCCGGUGCAAGGGCAGGCGGGGGCUGCCAGCUCCCUGAAGGAUCCCGUGUUGGACAGCAAAGAAGAUGAGAGCUCCAUGAACGGGGACCGGAUAGACUGCGGGCGGAAGACGCGUGUCGAGAGCGGUUACUUCUCCUUGGAGAAGACCAAGCAAGACUCGAAGCUGGAAGAGCAGCAGCUGCCGCCCCCACCAAGCCCUCCCAGCCCCAGCACCCCGAACAACAGGUACAGUUAUCCCAAAUCGCCCUCUCAGGAGCAUGCCCAGCCCUUUCCUUCCCCAGGUACCCGAUCAGGCGACCGAAUGAUUCACAGCUUCUCUCUGAACUCCUUGGACUCGAAGAGCAGUUGCCCCAUGCACAAGGACUCCAGCAGCAGAGAUGUAGAAAGGGGAGCUGAAAAAUCGGGGCGUCCCCUUUCUUUUAAAGCCAGCCGGCAGUACACCACCCUGGCCGACGUUCCCAAGGCCAUUAGGAUCAGUAAUCGGGAGGCCUUCCAGGUGGAGAGGAAGCGGCUAGAGCGGAGAACCCGGGCGCGUAGCCCUGGGAGAGAAGAAGUGGCCCGGCUCUUUGGCAAUGAGCGAAGGCGAUCCCAGGUCAUUGAAAAAUUCGAGGCGCUGGAUAUCGAGAACGCAGAGCACAUGGAGACGAACGUGUCGGCGGGAGCCGCCCUUUCCAGCGAGACGCGGCAGGGCAGGAGCGAGAAGAGGGUUUUCCCACGGAAACGGGACUUCACGUGCGAAGGGGCGGCUGUGGGCUCCAUCCUGGACGUGUCUGCGUCCCCGCUGUCCCCGCACCGCCGGGCGAAGUCUCUGGACAGAAGGUCCACGGAGUCCUCCAUGACGCCCGACCUGCUGAACUUCAAGAAGGGCUGGCUGACAAAGCAGUACGAGGACGGGCAGUGGAAGAAGCACUGGUUUGUGCUCACCGACCAGAGCCUGAGAUACUACCGGGAUUCGGUGGCGGAGGAGGCAGCUGACCUGGAUGGAGAAAUCGAUUUAUCCACGUGCUACGAUGUCACCGAGUACCCAGUCCAGCGAAACUACGGCUUCCAGAUCCACACGAAGGACGGGGAGUUCACCCUCUCUGCCAUGACGUCUGGCAUCCGCCGCAAUUGGAUUCAGACCAUCAUGAAGCACGUUCGCCCCACCACUGCCCCCGAUGUAACGAGGAAAAACUUCUCUUUGAAACUAUCCGUGCUGAAGCCCAGGUUGGAAAACUGUGUUCUCUCCUGUAUUAACGUUUUGUGCUCCCUGCCGGAAGAGAAAAGCAAAACCAGCUCUUCCUUUGAGACCAGCCCAAAGCCCAGCGAGAAGCCAGACGCGGAGCAAGCAGAGCUGGACCCGGAGCAGAAGCGGAGCCGUGCCCGGGAGCGCCGGCGAGAAGGACGGUCCAAGACCUUCGACUGGGCUGAGUUUCGCCCCAUCCAGCAAGCCCUUGCCCAGGAGCGUGCGAACGCCGCAGACUCCUCCAAGAGCGGCACCGCCGCCUUCCCCAGGGACGCCGGCACCGCCGACGCCGACCCGGGAGAGCUGGAGCGGGAGCGGGCCCGGCGGCGCGAGGAGCGGCGCAAACGCUUUGAGAUGAUCGACACCGUGGACGGGACAGGGCCAGAGGAAGCGCUGAGGAUGGAGGUGGACCGGAUCCUGCCCGUCCCGGCGGACAUCAAACCGCAGAACGUCCACGUGGAGAUCGAGCAGCGGUGGCACCAGGUGGAGACCACCCCGCUGCGGGAGGAGAAGCAGAUCCCCAUCGCGCCCCUGCACCUCGCCCAUGCCGAGGACCGGGAUGAGGGGCUGGCGAAGCAGCACUUGACCACGCUGCUGGAGAAGGAGCUGGAGCAGAAGCAGAAGGAGGCCCUGGAGCUCCUGGAGCAGAACCGGCACCUGCAGGACCAGCUGAAAGUGGCGCUGGGCCGGGAGCAGAGUGCCCGGGAGGGCUACGUGUUGCAGACCGAGGUGGCCGCCUCGCCAUCAGGUGCCUGGCAGAGGCUCCACAAAGUCAACCAAGACCUCCAAAGUGAGCUGGAAGCCCAGUGCCGGCGUCAAGAGCUGAUCAAUCAGCAGAUUCAGUCGCUGAAACGCAGCUACGCCGAGGCUAAGGACGUGAUCCGGCACCACGAAGCCGAGAUUCAGAGCCUGCAGGCGAGGCUCAGCAACGCGGCCGCCGAGCUCUCCAUCAAGGAGCAGACCCUGGCCAAGCUCAAGAGCGACCUGAGGAGCGAGAAGGAGAAAGCCAAGGAGCAGCUGGAGGAGUGGCAGCAUGGCGAGGCCGCGCUCAGCUCCCAGCUGAAGGCCAGCGAGCAGAAGCUGAAGAACGCGGAGGCUCUGCUCCUCGAGAAGACCCAGGAGCUGCGGGACCUGGAAAUGCAGCAGGCUUUGCAGAGGGACCAUCAGAAGGAGGUGCAGCGCCUCCAGGACAGGAUCGCCGACCUGAGCCGGCAGCUGAACGCUAGCGAGCAAACGCGGAUCCUCAUGGAGGAGAAGUUGCAGAAGAAUUACGAGGCUUUGCUGGAGAGCUGUGAGAGGGAAAAGCAGGUUUUAUUACACAGUCUGAAGGAGGUGGAGGAUAAGGCCAACGAGUAUGAGAAUCAGCUGCAAAAUAACGAGCAGCAAAUGGAGAUUCUGCAGAAGGAGAAGCUGAGUGCCAAGUUCGAAGGCAGCGAGCUCGUCCACCAGCUGGAGGAGCAGCUGGUGAUGAAGGAGGCCAGCAUCCAGAAACUCGCCGAGCACAUCGAGGAGCUUGAAAGGGAGAGGGAUCAGAUCAAAUGUCGGUUCCACGAGCUCAUGAACCAGGUUGCCGAGUCAGAUAACGAAGUUGCAAAGCUGCAAGCAAAGUUGAAGAUGGAAGAGACCAACUACCACAAUCUGGAGCAGUCGUUUGAGGAGGUGUCGGAUCAGUUCCAGGGUGUGCAGAAGGUGCUGAAAGAAAAAGAGGAGGAGCUGAGACACGUUAAGGAAAUGCACCUGAGAAUUGUGGAGAAGAAAGAUCAAGACCUCAGUGAGGCUUUGGUUAAAAUGAUUGCUCUGGAUAGCAAUUUAGAGGAGACUAAAGUAAAGCUGAAGGCCAAGGAGGAGGCUUUAAGGAAAUUAGCUAGCAUAGGCACAGGUCCAUGUGCUGAGGAGACAGAAGAUGUUGGCCCCAAUCUCGAGGCUGAUGAAAGUCAUCCAUCUCAGCUGGGGCAGCCUCUGCAAACUCACGAUGUCCUCCCAGCUCUGAGUUAUGCACUGAAGGAGGAGGAGGAGGAGGUCCUUGAGACCAGCCAGAGGCAAGCAGAGGAGUUUGGAUCCCCUUCCAAAGCUGCAGAGCUCCAGGACCAAGAGUUGGUUCAGAAAGCCUUAGCAAAGCCUGAUGUAGGAAUCAUGGGGGCCAAGAGGCAAAGAAUCCGUUUCUCGAGCAUCCAGUGCCAAAAAUAUAUCCACCCGGAUGGGUCAGAGAAGAACUGGACAAGCAGUACUUCUUCAGACACGAGCCAAGACAGGUCGCUGUCUGAGGAAAGCAUGUCCUCGGAGCCCGUUCUCGGUUACUCCUCGUCAGGGGCCAGCGACUCCGAGACCUAUCUCUCGAUCAUCCAUUCUCUGGAAACCAAGCUGUAUAUCACAGAGGAAAAGCUCAAAGACGUAACCAUGAAGCUUGAAAGCCAGCACGGCCAUAAUCAGGAGACGCUCAUCGCCCUUCACCACCAGUGGGCCAGCACGGAGUCCCAGCUGCGGGAACAGCUUCAGAGCAGCUUGUCCCAAGUCAGUGCUCUGAUCUCGCAGCUGGAGAGCGAGAGGCAGGAGAAGUUCAAGCUCAUAGAAAAUCAUGUGAGCGAGCUGGGAGGCUUCCAGAUGAAAAACGAUCAAGCGCUGACUUGCUUAGAGAAGUGCAGGGAGCAACUAAGAGCUUUGCCUAAGUCAGAUGAGGAAAAAGAGGGCGAUUUGUUCCUUGUUACUCUGUCCGGCCUGGAAACGACCUUAUCGAGUGCAAUCCAAGCCUUGAGAGGGGCGCCAGGCCCGUCUGAGUAUCAGCAGGGCGAGGGCCUUAUCGCGGAAACCCCUGCUUCAGAGGGAGGCCUUCUGAGCGAGGAGGAGCACGUCCCCAAGGAGCAGCGAGCCGAAACGUUCAACGCGGGCCAGCUGAGAUGGCUUUCUGAGAGAGUGGCGUUCGAGGCCUCUCUAAUCAACCAAAUAGCGGAGUCUUUGCAAAGUGCAGGCUCUGAGAUAUCUCAGCUGCUCAGAGAGAUCCAAGGGACAGCUGAGGUGGCUUUGAUAGAGCCGGCAAAUGUUUCUCCUACAGCAGUUGACUUGGCCGGCGUCCUGUCUAACAAGCUGCUGCUGGAAGGGGAGUUUUGGAGCCAGGUGGAGGAUCUGAGAGUGCACUUGAGCACCAGGGAAGGAGAAGCAGAGGGCAAAACAGAAACGGCAGGUCUGGGGUUUUCUCCGUGUUUUCUCAGUGCUGUAGCAGAUGCUACAUUGAUCAAGGCAGAACUUGGGUUUGUGGCACAGAAAAUGAGGGAUUCUUUCCACCGGAGAUUAAAAACAAUCGAAGAGGACCUCCAUAAUACCAAAACAGCUCUCCAGCAGCAUAAGUGCAUGCUGGAGGAAAUCCUCAAAGCAUACAGGACUCCUGAUUUUGACAGAGUUAUGCACCAGAUUUCUGAAGCACUUGAAAUUCAGAAAGAUGCUUCAGAAAGAACGCAGAUCUCCUGGGACGGGAGCCGUCUCCAAAUGGUGCCGUACCAGGAAUCGGCCAAGGUGGGGGAGGUCUGCAGCCUGCCAGGCCGCAGUAGUGAAGCUCUCGUUUCCAUCCAGGAAGAUCUUGCCCAACAGCUAAAGGACAAAUCAAACGUUCUUAAGGAAAUAUCCGUUGCCUUACUGUCUCUGCCUCCUGAGGAGGCCAUGAGAGAUUGCCAGAAGCUCCUGAAGAUAUCUCAGAGUCUUUCAUAUCACUCGUGCAUGGGAGACCUGGAGCGGUAUUCUUCUUUGUUAGUCCAGGAUGCAAUUGUUCAGGCUCAGGUUUGUUACGCUGCUUGCAAAGUCCGACUGGAGUACGAGAGAGAGCUCAAGUCUUACAAGGAGUCCUUGCAGAGCAUGGACGCGCUCUGCCAGGAGCGCGUGAAGACGGUCUCUCUGCUCCGGGACGAGUACGAGGACUUGCUGCGAAAGCAGCAGGGGGAGUACGGCGAGGUGAUAGCCAUGCUCGAGCGGGAGAACGCCGAUCUCAAAGCAAAGGUCUCCCAGCUGGACGGUCAGCGAAGGCUUUUGGAGGAAGAGGAGCGCAAGCACAGCAAAAGCUUGAGCGAGUUACAGGGCCGCUAUGAGGAGGAGAUUCGGAACGUGAUCGAGCAGCUGAACAGGACAGAGGAUGCCCUGAAGGCCGAGAGGACGGAGGGCCUCAGCCAGCUGGACGCCAUCGUCCGCGACAAGCAGAACAUGGAGCGGUACCACCUGGAGCAGAUGCAGCUGCUGGAGGACAAGUUCCAGGCCAAGAUCAAGGAGCUGCAGGUCAUCCACGGCCAGGAGCUGCAGGCGCUGCAGGAGCACUACAGCCAGAACCUGCAGCGCCUGCAGGAGACCCUCGACGAGUACCAGCGGCAGCACCCGGAGGCGUCCCCCGCGGCAGGACCGGGUGUUGGGGACCCCUGGGUGGCCGGGGAGCCGGGCGGCGCCGGGCAGGGCCCCAGCGGUGAGCUGGACUCCAUGCACGGCCUGAGGGAGCGCAUCCAGGAGCUGGAGGCCCAGAUGAACGUGAUGAGGGACGAGCUGGAGAACAAGCACCUGGAGGGCAGCGCUUCCACGCUGAGGGAGAAAUACCAGAAAGACUUUGAAAACCUAAAGGCAACAUGUGAAAGGGGCUUUGCAGCCAUGGAGGAGACGCACCAGAAGAAGAUCGAGGACCUGCAGCGGCAGCACCAGCGGGAGCUGGAGAAGCUGCGGGAGGAGAAGGACCGCCUGCUGGCAGAGGAAACGGCUGCCACCAUCUCAGCCAUUGAAGCCAUGAAGAACGCACACCGGGAGGAGCUGGAGCGAGAGCUGGAGAAGUCGCAGCGCUCCCAGAUCAGCAGCGUCAACGCCGACAUCGAGGCCCUCCGGAGGCAAUACCUGGAGGAGCUGCAGUCGGUGCAGCGGGAGCUGGAGGUGCUUUCGGAGCAGUAUUCGCAGAAGUGCUUGGAGAACGCCCACCUGGCGCAGGCGCUGGAGGCUGAGAGGCAGGCCCUCCGCCAGUGCCAGCGGGAGAACCAGGAGCUCAACGCCCACAACCAGGAGCUGAAUAACCGCCUGGCUGCGGAGAUCACGCGGUUGCGGACCUUGCUGACCGGGGAGGGUGGAGGAGAGGCUGCUGGGUCGCCUCUCACCCAGGGCAAGGACGCCUACGAGCUGGAGGUCCUGCUGCGGGUCAAAGAGUCGGAAAUCCAGUACCUGAAGCAGGAGAUCAGCUCUCUCAAAGACGAGCUGCAGACGGCACUGAGGGAUAAGAAAUACGCCAGCGACAAGUACAAAGACAUCUACACAGAGCUGAGCAUUGUGAAGGCCAAGGCAGACUGUGAUAUCAGCAGGUUGAAAGAGCAGCUGAAAGCAGCCACAGAAGCUCAGGGAGAGAAAUCCCCUGUGAACACCACUGUAUCGGGAUAUGAUAUUAUGAAAUCAAAAAGCAACCCUGAUUUCUUGAAGAAAGACAGAUCCAGUGUUAGCCGGCAACUAAGGAAUAUCAGGUCAAAGUCCGUUAUUGAGCAGGUCUCAUGGGAUAACUGAAAUGAACCCGAGUCCAGGUUCCCUGCCACGUAGAGCCUGAAGGAAGGCCUGACCGUGCAAGAACGCCUGAAGCUUUUUGAAUCCAGGGACUUGAAGAAAGACUAGCUCUCCCCGCUCCGCUUCACCACGCGCGCACCUCCCGGCUUGAGGCAGCACAGCACCAGCACCGUUUGUCUCUCGUUGCUCACGACCGUCCUUGCUGUCGUUCGGCCCAACGCUUCCCGACGGCUCCGGGCGCCGCGGCGGGCCCCCCGCCGCCCCCUCGCCUCCGCAGCUCCUUUCCCCGCUUGUGAGACGCUUUUGAGACUCUGAGAGGGAGAGGAAGGGAUUGGGGUGUGUUUGUUUUUUUUUUGUUGUUGUUGUUUUUUUCCCUUUUCGGCGCUUUGUAGGAGAAUCCUUCCUUUACUGUAAACCAUUACACUAAGUGUCAGUAUUAAGGCUCAGUAGCCUGUGAAUAAGCUAGCUCCGUCGUACCAACGUCUUGGUAUGCGCGCGGGGCAGGGUGGCACGGGCCAGCCCCGCGCUCUUACUGCUGUCAAGAGACCCAGUGCUCAGAGCACACCGGGAGCCUAAUCAGCCGUUGAUCUCGACUGCAUCACUUGCACCUACAAGGGAGGGGGGGGAAAAGCCUGUGGGAUGCCGCCGGGCGGCCUGCAGGAGCCACGCUGCCGCCAGGCCGGGAGAGGAUGGAGACGCGGCUCCUGCCGCCGGCCGUGCCGCGAUGGUGGCGAUGCCGGAGCCCGGCGAGCUGCGGUGCCUCGGCGGGUGGUUUGGGGUAGGGAGCUGCUCACGGGCACCGUGACGGCGGCCCCUCGGCCUGCGGCCCCCCCUCGCCGGCGGCGCGCGGUGGGAGGGAGGCGUUCCUGGGGCUGAGCCGCGAGAUCACUUUCUUGCCUCCCCUCGAUCAAGCCCAGCACUCUCUGUUUUUUGCUGUUACUCCCUUCCUCUCGUUGAGUCCCGUGUAUCCUAGGGUCUGUGCGCAUGUGAAACUCCCUUUUCCAAGUCAAAGGAAAGUAGAGUAGAAAGUAGAGCCAAUAUUGACUGAAAAUGCACAGUGCUCAAUGCAUAUAAUGCUCCUUUUUUAUCGGCUUCUUGAAUUCAACUCUUCUUGUCAGCAGGGCAGCUCCUAUUUUAAUUCCUUAAUCUUUUCCUGAAAUAAAAAUCUCAAAACCAG